AUUGUUUAAAAUGUUAUUUUUGUGUAUAUUUUUUGUUGUAAUAAUGAAAUUGUAGUGUUUUUUAGUGAACAUUAUUUAAUAUUUAUAAUAAUAAUACUAUUUAUUAAUACAUAUUUAUAAUUAAUUCACAUUUUUCUUUAUGGUUAAAAUUCAAAACCGCAUAUAAUUAUAACAAAUGAAGACCAAAAACACCAUUCAAAUAGUCGAAACUCCCGACAUAGACAGCCAUGACUUCUACGCCAACAACGGUGUCAUAAACCCAGCAUUUUUGAGCACCGGUGACACCGACAACGACCCACAACCUCCUGAGCCGCCACACCGGCAGCAACACCAACACCGCCAGCACCAGGACUACUACCAGUACCAGCACAACCCUAACCCACAGCCAAAACAACACUCACUACACCGACAACAACACCCGUCAACACCAGCCGUCACCACCACUACCGGUGCCGCCGAUACCAACACCGACUAUCGGCAAACCUAUUUCCGGCCGACACAGGUUACCAACCCGUACGGCAACGGCUCGUCAAUCGCCAGCUCCUGGGUGUAUGAGUUCAACAACGGCUCGUCCGUCGGCACUAACAGCAACACCAGUAGCCCAUCCACGGGCACCACAUACACAGGCGAGUACAUAGGCAUGAUGUCUGGGCCCACGACUACCGGUGCGACACUGCCGUCGAUACACAGGCCCUCGUUUGGCCGAUACGACCCACAUCUGGCCUACGAUAUGGACCUCACACGAGAUCAUAAGCUCAAUGGUGGCGGUGGGGCUACUGGUGCUGAUGGCCUCAGCCAUGGAUCUAAUGGCCAGUGCUGUCGGACAAUGUUGAGGCUGUUUGUGUGGGCGCUGAUACUGGUCUCCCUAUUGGGUAUAUUAAUAUCCGUGGCCUUUAUUAUAUACGUAGAGAAGUUUGCCCCACACCAGCCCUCCACCGGUGCCGUCCAGUGUUGUAAUAGCAGUAUUAGUAGCGCUGGUGUUACCGGUGCUGGCGGUGGUAGGGAUCGGUUUGACAGGAAUAUCACUGAGCCGUCGGUGGUGUCGACUAUGAAGAAAGUCGUUGAUAAUAAGGUAACAACAGUACCGCCGCUGAGCACCAGUCGACUUGUGCCGACCCCCGCCACCAAUGCCACAGUUAAAGCCACGUUGAGUCCAGUGGAGCCCCGAUUUUCCAUACAAACCCAUAUGACAACCACCGGCGCUCCCGAAGUCAAUGAUACCGAUAUGACUACCACUGGACUACUGUCGCUGAAUACCACGACCGGUGCCAACACUACUGGUGAGCCACUGUUGCCCACAACUAAUGGGACAGAUAUAAGCACCGGUGGGGACGUCAGCGACGGCACCGGUAGUACAGCGACAACUGUUACCACAACCACGACUACUACAGCCGCGCCUGUUGUUAACAUAACCGCACCGGACGUCAGCUCCGGCCCCAAGUCGGGCGAAAUGGUUGUCGACAGUACUGAACACGAGUUUAUCAUUACGUCUACGGGAACGACCACUACUACUACUACUACCCCGAGCCCUGCCAUUACCACCACGACUACCAGCGCUCCCAUGGCUACGGGCACUACAAUUAUCAAACCUAUUGAGACAACGAGCAGUAUUGCACCGGUGGACACAUCCCAACCCACCACCGCAACCACAAGUACUACACCUGUGCCCACCACUACCACCACUACAACCACGACUCCCAGCCCCGCCAUAGGUGUCAAAGAGACGACAGCAGUCGACUAUACCAACGAUUAUUAUGAAAGGGCCGACAGUAUGGGCGCUAAUGAGACUACUACUGAGCAUAACUAUGCGGCCGAUAACGGGGCACAACAGGACCUGUUCAACGCCUUUACGUAGACAUUAC